AUGCAGACUCCUCCCAGACAUGCCAGGAAGAAAACCUCUCGUUACAGUAGGAGCUGACCACUGACAGACGCUCCAUCCACGCUGACUGAUGCUUAGCAAGACCUGAAUAAGACACUUUUAUUUUUAAAACUUUUACCCACAAACAAAAUGAGAACCUUAAUUUCUGUUGCCACGGUACUGUGGCUGAUAACGAUCCCCUCCCUGGAGGCCAUCCACGGACUGUACAACUUUGGCCAGCAUGAUUUAUUCUACAAAAAGAACAACUGCAAGCCGAUUCCUGCAAGUCUUCUCUUGUGCCAUGACAUCGAGUACACGGAGAUGCGCCUCCCGAACCUGCUCGGCCACGAAACCAUGAACGAGGUUCUGCAGCAAGCUUCGUCCUGGAUCCCGCUCGUGCAGAAGCAGUGUCACCCCGACACGAGAAAGUUCCUGUGCUCUCUUUUCGCUCCGGUGUGUCUGGACGAUUUGGACGAGCCCAUCCAGCCGUGCAGGUCUCUGUGCGAGAGCGUCAAGCACGGCUGCGCGCCCGUCAUGUCCGCGUUUGGCUUCCCGUGGCCGUCGAUGUUGGACUGCGAGCGUUUCCCUCUCGACAACGACCUGUGCAUACCACCUGCAGGCAUCGAGAACGUCGUACCCGUCACCAAAGAGGUGCCCAGAGUGUGCGAUGCGUGCAAAGAAACAGACGAAAAUGACAACGAAAUUGUUGACAACCUGUGCAAGAAUGACUUUGCGCUGAAAAUCAAAGUGAAGGAGAUCGCCUACAUCAACGGCGACACCAAGAUCGUGCCGGACACCAAGAGCAAAACCAUCUACAUGAUGAACGGCGUGACGGAGCGCGACCUGCGGAAGACGGUGCUGUGGCUGCGGGACGGACUGCAGUGCAUCUGCGAGGAGAUGAACGACAUCAACGCCGCCUACCUGGUGAUGGGCCAGAAGAUGGAGGGACACCUGGUGAUCACCUCCCUGAAGCGCUGGCAGAAGGGGCAGCGCGAGUUUAAGAGGAUUUCACGCAGCAUCCGUAAGAUGCAGUGUUAAGAAGAAGAAGAGAAAAAGAAACACUUCAUGUCAGUGUUGGGGAGCGAGUUUAGUUGAGCCUCUUCAACUUUCACAAGUGAACUAAAGGCCUCAGAAUACACACAAAUUUAUGUUUAGGUUCAUGAAUAUGCCCCAAAUAUGUCCCAAAUCUUUGCAAUCUACAGAUAAUAUGAGGAACACAUAAAGCCAAACCUAAUUUGACUUUGUGGUGUUUUCCUUUUGUGUGCGGUUCACAUAUUGACCUCCAUUAAUUUCGCACAUAAGCGCCCCCUCGUGGCCAGUUUUGUGCAGAAAGGUCUCUGCUGUCACCUCUUCAGUUGGAGUUAAUUGCACUCAGCUGGUGUCCCAUGUGGAGAGGAAUAACAAAUUACAUGGUCAGAGUGAAAACUAGCAGAGUGUCUGAAUGCAGGAUUAAAAACGACUUGCUCUAAUAAUCACUGGCAGAUGUAGCCAACUGUUAAAUCCUGCAGAAAGGGCAACGCUGUCAGCCUUAUUUUCCAUUUUUCUUUUCUCUUCUGGGGAUUAAUUCUGUAUUCAAGCCACCCGUUGAAAAGCAGCGUAAGUUACAAGAGUCAAAUCAGUAAAAAGCACUCUGGUCGGAUAGUUUGGCAGGUUUAGGUGCAAACAAUGAAGUAUUUCCCUUCAUCUUUAAGAGAGUUGGUUCUGUUAUGCUUCUACAGACAUGAAAACUGAGUAAAGCUGUGAUCCCCCCCCUCCGCGUGUGCCUCGUGUGAAUUUCCAAUUAUAUUUUGUGCUUUUGUAUUUCCACCGUUUUCUCGAGCAAACACGAGAGAUAGCUGGCUAUAUUCUCUCCCUGCUGGUAAACCUUUUGUACGCGAAUCACCGCAUAAUUUUCUACCACCAUAUGAUUAAAAAAAGUAAUAUUUUUCUACUCCCAGACUUUCAUUUGUCAUUUAAGCUUUUUGUUUUGAUUUGCAUUCUCAUUCUGAAUGGGUUUUUAGGUACAAACGGCGGUAAUCAAGUGGUUGUGUGUACGUUUGAAAUGUAAAGUUGGGUGUUUUUGGGAAGUAUUACAAUGUAAAUAUCAAAUACUGUCAUUUAUUCUUGUAUAAAGUUUUCAGCAAUUAAAAGCUGCCAACUA